AUGCCGGCGGGUUGCAGAGUGAGUUCUACAAAAAUACCCAUGAAAUAGAAAAAUUAAGAUACCUCCUCUGAAAAUCGCCUCCAAGGCCUUGGUGAAUCUCCUUCGAUGUGAAUCUCCAACUUGUUUAUAUUUCCGAACGAUAAAUUACGAUCCAGAUGAUCAUAUUUAUAGAGAAAUGUGGGUUUUAGUGUAUUGAAUGACUGCGAAUUUUUCGCUUUUUGAUGGACGAUUUUAAAAAACGAUCGUUCUCAUUUGAACAGUUUCGACGAUUUUGAUAGUUUUCUCGAAGAGUUUUGAAAUGAAUUUUCACAGUUCGAGGCGUUUUUUGAGCCUGAAUGGCUCAAAAAAUUAAUGAUCAAAAUCAAGAAAAACAAAAAAAAGUUAACUUCAUAUUUCAAAAUCACCCAUUCAUUGUGACUUUUUUGGGGUUUUAAAAAAUUUUGAGCGUUUUGAAAUAGUCAGAAUCGAAAAUUUCCAAAUUAAGUGGUCGUUUUUCCAGAAACUUGAAAAAGCUGAAAUUAAACUGCGAAUCGGCUAAACUUGAAGAUUAUUUUAGAAAAGGAAACGAAAAACCGCUGAAAAUUCUCAAAGUUGGUGGGGUUGCGAUGGCGCCUCUAGGGGAAGGAUACGGGCGGUGCACGAUUUUUAGAGGUUUUUUUAAGAAAAUUAGAAAAACAAAUUGAUUGUAAAAUGACGCAAUUGCAGUUGAACAGAGGCAACAAAACGGCCAAAGUUUAUUUUCUGGACGAGGCAAUCACGACUUGGUUCGAUUUCGGGGUACUUGAUUUUUUUGAUAACCUUCAAAAAAAGAACUCUGAAGUUUGCUCCGGUAAAAAAAUCUGAUUGAUUGAAAUAUUUUUUUAUUAACAUUGCGAGCCGUUGGAAUUUGAUUUUAAUAGUUCAAAUUUCAUUUAGAAAAAAAUGGAUUUUUUUCAACUUCAAGAAACAAAAAAAUUUUUGGACUUCUCAGUUUGUUGGUUUUCAAGUUUUUUUCUUUUUUUAAUUUUUGCAAGAUUUCCUUUAAGCAUUUUUCAAUUCAUUUUGUAAAUCGCUUUUUAGAAUUUUUUUAUUUCUUUUCAAGAAAAAAAACAGUACUCCCUAAAAAAAGAAAAAGAAAAAAAUCUUGCAAUGAGGCCUUUCAAGCUUUUUCUUGAAACUUCAGGUCCAAUAGAUCUUGUUAAAAAAAUAAAUUAUUUAUGAUCCAGAUUUUUGUUAUUCAAAGGGACACAUUGAAAUCUCGAAAUGGUCUCAAAGCAGAAAGCCUAUUUUAGUGUCAAUUUUUGUCGUCUGCCAAUGUUAACAGUCCGUUAGGUUGUUGUGAACUUGUACUACAACUUGAAAAAAAAAUGUAGAAAUGAGAAAAAUGGCCACUAAAAACUGUUUCUAAAUUUCAGAAAUAAGCUCAAGGAGUAUGAUUUUUAGAACCUCUACCAUGUCCCGCCGCAACUUUUAUUCCAUCCCGCCCAGGCGAUCAAAGCGUUGAUUCCCUUGGAAGGAGUGGUAAUUUGAAAUAUUCCUCGUGAUUUUUUGCCUAAUUUUGCCCCUUUUUCGAGUUCUACGGAGGAGGAACUCGACUUGAUGAACAGUAUUUUGCGAAGAUUCGAGUUUUUCGAACUCGUUCAUUUGGAAACUGACGAGGAUUUUAAUAUUCGAAGCGGGCAGCCGGUUGGUUUUCGUUUUUAAUUUUUCGUUUUGGGUUGUCUAUUCUGAAAAAAAAACUAUUUAAAAUAAGUAUAAUUUUUGACUUACUCCGGUAAAACUGUUUUUGGCCAUAUUUUUGGCUGAAGGUGAUUUUUUUGAGCUUUUUGGAUUAUUUUUUUCUUACUUGUCGUUUUUUUCACCUUUUUAAAUGACGCUUGUGUGCCUGGGGUGAUUUUUAAUAUUUUCAAUAUCUUCUUAUCGCCCUCUAUUAAUUUUGAGAUUUUGUUCAUUUUUGAGCAUUUUUAAAAAAUUGAUUCCUCUAAAGUUUUAUUCAAAGCUCUCGCCUCAUAAUUUGAAUAUAUUCUCUUUAAACCGCUCUUUUUUUUUACUUUAUUUCGAUUUUUGCAACUUUUUUCGUCAGAAAACCCGGGAUUUGAAGGGAAAUAUUCGUUGAACUAGACUUGCUUAGUUUUUCAAAGGCUCAGAAGUUGGAAAAAUCUUCAGAUUGAAAGGAGUACCUAAUCUUUUUUGGAAACCCAAGAAAGUUGUAGGUUUCAAAAUAAAUGAACGUUUCAGUUCGACCUAUUCGGAUUGAAGCGAAAAGAUGAAAAAGUCGGUGUCAACAUUUCGCAUUUGUUCUCCAUUUUGAACGCCGAGAAGGCCGAUUUUUCGGAAAACGUUCUGAAAACGACAAAUUCUUCGAAAGGGGCAAGUUUUCUGUUCAGAUUUUGAGUUUCAAGUAACUGACUCCUCCCCCAAGGCUACAGUACCUUUUUGCGUUGAUUAUUUUUUUUUUUUGCCAGUGAUUAUGGUCCUUUAGAAGUGUCCCAAGUUUCGAUCUUAUCUGAUCUAAAAGCUAGAAAAAAAAAGUCGAAAUAUAAGUGAAUGAAAACUGGAAGAUCUUCAGAAGGCCUGAUGAAGCCGUUCAGAAGGUAGUUGGAAGGUCUUUGGAAGGUAAAAAACAAAAAAUGGCUGCCAGAAGGCUUCUGAAGGUAAGUAGAAAGUGUUUGACCACUUACUGGAAAGCUUCCGAAAGCAGCAGCUUCUAAGUUUAUAACAAAACGUCGGCCCGAAAGAUACUAUAGACCUGGGGGCGGAGUUAGCUGGUGGAUAUUUUAAUUCUGAGAAGACUAUAAGAUAUUCUGCUUGGACAUUUUUAAACUGUUCCUUAAAGGAUCUGGAACCCGAAGCCGUCGAACCGGAAGCCGGUCCUUCAUUUCAAGGCGCAAACCCUUUCUCGGAGCAACUUCCAGUUUUUAAUGCCGAAGAUUGGGACCUUGACAAUUGUACAGUGCCUCCUUUCGACCAGAAUCUUUUAGAGAGGUUAUGAGUUUUCGGAAAAAUAACCUUGAAAGUAUAGCUUGGAUGUCAAGUUUUGAAAAAUAGCGAAUGACUUAGGAAUUUCUAGGGGGACACUAUAGGGGUUUGUUACCCUGGGACUCAUAUAGGGGGAAAAAUAGAGCCCCAUAUAGGGGGGGAGGGGGCGUAGAGUUCCCUCAGAGAGCCCCUAUGAAACCCCUAUAGGGAUCCCUCAAAAAUUUCUCACAAAAGCUUUGAAAAGCUGGCCCCAAGCGAUCAGUACUGAAUGAAAUCGAUUAUAGAUUCUGCAUGGCUAAGUUUUUGAGUUUUUUUUAGGCGAUAUAAGUUUGGAAAGAUUUUUACAGACAAAAGGCUUGAAUAAAGGAAAAACUGAGAAAAAGUGUUGAUUUUGUAAAAGUUUGUCUUAUAACUGCUUGUUUUUUUUUUUCACUGAAGCUCGAAUUUUGAAGCUUCACCUGUCUCAAAUCGAGAAAAGAUGUUGAUUUUUCAUUUGUAAGAAUUUUUCAACUGACAUUCGUAUUUUACAGCUUCAAAUCUCGCCUAUCCCAAGAAAUCUGCUUCGUUUCGUCUGUCGAAGCCUCGACGCCCUCUGAAUUCCACGGAUGGCCCGUAAAAAUUGAUAUGAAUAGCUGUGAGUAAAACGGAAAAAAAGAAAGUCUUGAAAUUGUAAUUUCAGGGAAAGAUGCGGUCGAGAAGCUUUUCACGAAGGAGCUUCUGCCUUUUUGCAACAAUUUGAAGGCUUUCUAUGAGAAUCCCGACAAUCGACAUCGUAUUCUGGAGCCGGAAGUGUAAAUUUUGUGUCAUUCUGGGUUUCUUAAGAACUUUGCAAUUGAAUAUAUUUUGUUGAAACUUAGACGUCUUCUGUGCCUUUAAAUACGCUAUUGAGCCUUUUAAAGACGCAGGGAGGAGCUUGGAAGUAUUUUUUGGCCGGAAAGUUAGAUCACCUAGUUGUCUGCGCCUUUAAAUACUCAGAAAAGCUUUUUAAAGGCGCAGGGAGGAGCUUAGAAUUAUUUUUUGACGGAAAAAAUUGAAUUGUCUAGCUUUAUGCGCCUUUAAUUUGUCACAAAAAGCUAUUUAAAGUCGCAGGGAAGAGCUUCAACGUGUUCUUUCGCAAAAUGUGAUCAUCUUGAAGUAGUGGCCAUUUCAAAUACUGAAAACAGCUUGGAGAAGGACUACAGUAUCCUUUUCGCUUUGAGUCAGGGUGCUGCUCCUUUAAUAGCAUUUAUAUCACUUUUCUCUCUUGUAACUUGUAAUAUUUGUCUUUUUAUAGAGGAACGAUGACAUGUGUUAAAUGCUCUGUUCAUAUUUUGAAUGUCAAGGCUCAAGGUCCGCCUCUAAUGACGCGAUAAACCAAUUAGAGAGCAAGCCAUCCACGGAGCCUUUUCGAAUGACGUCAUUAAACUUGACUUUCAAAAUCUGGACAUAAUAUAUAAUGGUUUUUCAUUCUUGCAAGCUUUUUUUUAAGGAAGACGAAAUUUGAGAGCGGCGGACGGGUCUACGUCAUGUGCAAGGGCAAUCCGCAUUAUUUGGGCCCUUGGUUGAGAGCUGAGGUUGAUAAAAGUUCCGAAAAGGAAGGUCAUCAAACUUUAAAGUUUGGAGCUUCUUGGAAAUUGGUCAGAGUACUCCUAGAGGUACCAGAGGAAGAUCUUGAAAGUUUCAACCAGGAAUAUUAUCAUUUUUCCAUAAAGUCUUCAAAAUUCGUUAGAAUAUGCCCUUUUGAGAUUUUUGAGCCAUCUUUUUGUUAAUUUUCAGGUAAUUUGGCAGCUUGAGACUCCGUAUUGUCCUCUGAUAGAUCAAGAAGUAAUCUGACCAACUUUCAGGAAAUUCCCCAAAAGUAAAAUGACCUCCUUGUAAAGGUUCACGAAAAAGUAUUGAAUUUAGGUUAUCAAACCCAUGAGCGACAAGCUUCUCGUGAAGCAUAUUGACACUGGAAGGAAAGAGGAGGUCUCCUGGGACGAAACCUGCCGAAUUCAUCGAUUGUUUGAAUGAAAAACACUAGAAAAAUGGGAAAAAGUCAUUCAGACACGCUGAAACGCCGCCGUUCGCUGUGCAAUUUCGCGUCGAAGGUCAGGCGGACGACGACGAGGAAAUCGUGGCCAAGUGGAAGGAGAGCUUUCAAUGCGGCAUGACUUACUCCGUAAGCGGUGAUAUUGGUGAGUUUUUGGGCCUUUUCGAAUAAGAGAUCUGUUGAAAGAUAUUUUUGAGACUUUUGAGCCCUUCCUUUCUUGAUAAUUUCAUACAGUUGAAUCAAAAAAUCUAACAAACGAUUUCUAUAGUUUACGAAAUGAAUGCAGGGAAAAAUUGGGAAAAUGUGUUAUUGAAACAGUAUUCCGCACUAGUCACGUUUUUACACACCUCUGUAGUAAAUCCGCCGUAACCACAGCAUUUUCCGCGCGUUCGCCUCGAGAUCCGCCGAAAAACGGUGAAAAGUACUGAAAAAAGGCGGGUAUCAAAGCGAAUCGGUAUACUGUUCUUUCCCCCCAAAAAAAAACUCAAGAAACAGAUAGGGGGAAUUUUCCUUUCUAAGCGGUGAUUUUGGUCAGUUUUUUGAGCUGUCCAACGAAAACGGACAGUAAGCUAGCUUAUGAGAUCCUAAAAAAAAUUUUUUGGAACUUUCUUGAAACACUUCGUCUACUAUAACACUGUUGAACGUUUCUGACCGCUUAAGGGAUCACUUUAUCGGCCUUGGAAAACUUAAGAACCUUUGAGCCUCUGAAGAGUUCACUUGUAUCUCCGAGCCCUAAAGUGAUCGCUCUCAACAAGCCUUUCACCAGUUUAGAAGUUCAAUUCGUCAGCGGCACCGAUGAACGUUUCGCCAACCUCGUCGACACUCGAGGCGACGUAGUUUCCGUAAAAAAUGUUCAUGUGAGCCUCGAAAAUGUCCCAACUCCACUCCAGACUUCUUUUUCAGAGUUACGCAUCCAAAGAAUCGAUCCUACCGCCUGUCGCGUCAUCGACGAUUUCCGUUUCGUCGAAUGAGAACGCCGAUAUUUCAACAUGA